GGAUCAGGCCUGGAAUGUAACAAUGGGUCAGGAGGAGACGAGGCCUCCUCGGGGUCUGAGCAGACGUGGGACGCUGGACGAAGCCAGAACCAGACUUGGUGCAACUCGAGCAGAGACGGCGGACACGUCUGGAGACCAGAUGUGAACAUGAAGAAAGUCCAAAGAGUGGAAAUCGAACAAAGGCUUCCAGUUAAUAGCGUCCCUCAGCCACCAGAGGGCGGAGACUCCUGUUCAGGUGGAUCUGGUGUCCAUGGCAACAUGGAGGCGUCAACGUCCCGGUGCAGUGACACGUUCAAACCCCAAACGUUCUCCACCAAAAAAGAACCUCCCACCUACCCUCCAGGAAGUCCAGAGGAGCGCUGGCAGCUCCAAAUCGUGGCCAGAGGCAGAGUCACCUGUCCAAAGUGUAAAAGUGUCAGCAGGAAAACUGUGGAGGGGCUGAAGAAACACAUGGAGAACUGCCGGCUGCAACCGUUUACGUGCCAACACUGUGGGAAACAGCUGAAGUCUUCCACGGGGAUGAAGUACCACGUCAUGGCUGACCACAGCCACUUGCCUUCAGCUGAUGACACCAAGAACCUGGACGAUCGAGCCACCAAAGACAAACUGCGUAAAAUCCUGAAGCGACUGGGCAAAUUAAAAUGCUCCAAAGAGGGUUGUAAUGCUGCGUUCACGAGCAUCAUGGGCUACGUGUAUCACAUGAGGAAGUGCGGCAAAGAAGAGUCGGAGCUGGAGAAGCUACUACUUAAUUGCUCUCACUGCGGGAAGGCCUACAAGUCCAAAGCCGGUCUGGAGUACCACCUUAAAUCAGAACACGCCCCCACGCCCCAGACGAGUGAGGAAGACGAGGCACUGAAGGCCCAGCGGGACACCAAUCUGGAGAGGACAGCCAGUGGGCGAGUGCAGCGAGUGUCGGCCCAGGUGGCCAACUUCCAAAUGGCCGAGAUUGCCAACAACGACUUACCCAAAGACUGGCCCAAGAGGAAGUUUCAGUCGGACCUGGUGCCAGACGACAAAAAGUUGAAAUAUUCCCGACCCGGUCUGCCCGCCUUCAGCCAGGAAGUUCUGAGGAAGUGGAAGAAUGAGGUGAAGCUGCAGCGCAAAGUCCACUGUCCCAACCAGGGUUGUGGCUGCACCUACACCAGCGUAUCUGGACUUAAAGCUCACCUGGGACUCUGCACGCGGGGUGACUUUGAGGCCGGUAAAUACAGAUGUCUGAUCUGCAGUAAAGAGUUUAACUCUGAGAGUGGAGUGAAAUACCACAUCAACUCUGUCCAUUCACAGGAGUGGUUUGUGACAAACAAAAAGGCUUCCAAGAAGUUUGAGAAGUUCCUCAAAAACCAAACCAAGGAGAGUGUCCACAGUAUGGACAAGCAGAUUGUAGAGCAGUACCACCAACACCACCUCCAACACCAUCAGCACCACUACCACCAUCAGCAGCAGUUCCAGCACCACGUCCUACAGCAGCCUCUGCAACCACUGCACCACCUGCAGCACCAACCCCAGCUCCUCCAUGUGGAACCUCAGAACCUCCCUCCACAGGUAGACGAUCAUCUCCACCAGCCCACUGUGGUCCAAUACACUCCACUAGAACCACCUGUGGGACCAAUAUGGGUGGACAUGGACCAGAAAGAAGUUGUUCCAGGACCAGAACAAGCUCCUAUUGAGAUGGACUUGAAUGCUAUUGACAAAGACGACGAGCACAGUAGUGAGUUGUUGGAGGGGAAGCACAGAGAGAUGGGGGAGAGAGGCAGGGAGACAGGGAAUGCUGAUGGGAGGCACAAGGAAAGCUUUGGGUUUGGUGGUAGUAACACUGGAAGCUCACCCAGCAAAUCAGAGGUGGAUCAGUUGGACAGACAGAUGCAGGUCGAGCAAUGGAAUCUCAAAAGGACGGACAUGAUGGAGGACCAACAAAGGAACAAUACCUAAAAGCACCCAUCGCUGUCUCCGUAGCCUUCCUGGUCACUCCUCAACCGGAGCUACAUUAGCUAAAGUAGAAUACCAUGGGGUCACCAUCCCCGCUUGAGUAGAUGUAACAGUUUUUGACCAUGAAGAACACAAACAUCUGUGUUUUCCAUGAGAACAAACAGGUGAGAAGGCAGCUGUAGAUGACUGAACAACAACUUGUAGCUUCAAAACAUAUGAUUUCUAGUUGGAGAUUACUUCAAUGCGUGAAUGUGCAACUUCUCUGGUUUCCACUACCAGGCUGGUUCUAAUCCUCAAAUGGUUGUCACUGUUUAGCUCUAACCCUUUGUAUGUCUAUUUACCAACUCCAAAUGUCUUAUUGUUUUAAAGAGAUUAUCAAAUCAGAUCAAAAGGUAUUUUAACUGUUAGAGAAUGCUACUGUAUUGUCUGGACUAUAUGUCGCCUUGGAGUAUUAGGUGCAUCUGUACAAAAAUGUGCUAUGAAGAGGGAAAAAAACCACAUUAAUUACACCAGUGUAUGAGUCAUAUUUAUUUUUGAAAUGUGGUGCUAUUACUUAAUGCACCAAAAGGCAGAAUGAAUUUAACACGACAGUUGUGAGCAGAAGUUAACAAGCUAAUUAAAGUUACCCUGAGGUACAAGAAACUCAAGAGUAAAGUGCUUCUUCUCACCACUGAACAAGAAGAAGCUAAACCUGAAUGUUUAAUUAAUUUUUAAUUAAUUAUACAUUUUUAAAACAUUAUAAUGCCUUACCUUAGCCUAGCUGUCUUCCUUGUUGCUAUUUUGGCCGUUCCAUGUCGUGUAAAUAAAUGGAGUGCUGAGUAAUAUGAAGGUUAUUCCCUCUCUUUAUUCAAGACUGUGGUCUUUCAGUUUGAGAGCAUGAUUUAUUACUGUUGUUCUUUCCCAGACCCAGCACAUACUCCGUAUAUGCCACCUGCUGCUUUGUGGUGUGGAUCAGGCCCUCCCUCAUUCAGAUCAGUAUACAGGAGCAGCUUGUUGUCACACAUGUAGAUGGUACCAUCUAGUGGUCAUAGAAGGUAAUGCAGUAUUUCAUAUAUCUAUCUAUUUAAAGAUAGAUAGAUGGAUAGAUAGCCAACCAAGUAAAAAAAACAACCAACCAAAAAAGAAAACCUGACUUAUAGUCCAGAAAAUAUGGUACAUUAUUUUUGUUGGACUUGUUGCGUUCUCUCGUGCCUCUUACGUUUGAUCUAUAUAACUAGAAUUCUGACAAAUCAGCUGGAGUCAAAAAGAGCAACACUUACUGACAUUUGUGAUGCUGCAAAGAGAUUAUUUUCAGUAUUUGAUGAAGAUGACUGAAUAAAGCACUUUUUUUUAAUUUUUUAUUUUAUUUAACCUUUUAGUUUCAAUAUUGGCAAAGCCGUUCAAAAGACACGGACCGAUCUUAACAUCUAGCGCACAGUGCAACUGUCAUUGCUAAUAUCCGACAGAUGCAGGUAUCAUUUUCACACCCAGCACCCACGAUCCAUGCUCCCUUGGCCAAUUUGUUCUAAAAAUGAAGUGUGGGCCCAGUGUUGGUGGUGUGACGCAGCAGAAAGUUCACCAUCAAUGACCAAAAACCUGUUUUUUUUUGUUUUUGUUUUGUUUUUUAUCUAAUAUGAAUGUAAUGGGUUUUUUUUUAUUAAUUUAUUUCCCUCUGUUAUGCACUUGUGUUGGGUCAGAAAGAUGUUAUUGGUUAGUAAUUGGUUUUGUGUCAUUCAGUGAUGAUAACUUUUCAAUCUGUGAAAUGUUUUGUAAAAAUGUAAUAAAAAAACAAAAAUACUUUGUUAAAUGUACAUUUAAAGUGCAUUUCCCUUUAUUAGAUUAUCAGAUGCCUUUAGAAGAGCUGUCGUCUAUGUUUGUACGAGUGAACCACGAGGACUAUUCUUGGUUUUGGAUCAUUAAACAUGUUUGUGUUGCACAGUUAAA